AUGGUGUCGGACGAGUACAUGACAAGGAAGCAGAGGACGAAGAUGAAGAAGCAGAUGCGACAGGAGCAGCAGAAGGAGCAGCAGGAGAGGCAGAUGAAGGCCGACGCGCUCCUGGACGAGAUGUGCGUGAGAGCGCGGGGGAGCGAAGGGGAGGGACUGAGCAUCGAGUGCAGUUUUGAUGAGAUCGAGGCCAAGGAAAGAGACUUGAAGAAAGUGACCAACGCAAUCAACAAGAGGACUAAAUCCUCGAACAGCACAGGACUUGGAAAACUUCCAGGCACCUCCAUCCUCGACAUGUUCAUCACGUGUGAGAAGAGCGGCAAAGUUAAGGUGCAGGAGAUCUGCAGGGUCGUCGGACCUUUUCCAAACAUUAAGAAUGAAUUGCAAGGAACUUGGGACUAUAAGACGGCAAGCUCCGGGUUCAAGGAGGGUGUUUCGUCCUCCGACAAGCUGGUUUUCUCCUACAACAUGCUCAUCGACGGAAGGGACAAGGUUACAACCGCAGAGACAGGAUUCAAGGUCCGCUCGGUAGACAUUAACGUGCGAUAUAUCGACCAGGACGUGAUGAUUAUGAGCCUCGGGGAAGGUCUUGAUUCUCAGUUGGUGUGGGAGAGGGAAGACAACCUUGACAAGGAGGUCGGCAAGCUUCUUCGCCGCGAUUUGACCAAGGAGGAUGUAGCUGGAGCUGCUGCGCCUGUCAACCCGAUCGUCGCCAUCGCUGAGAUGGCGAAGCGAUCUGACAAGAAGAAGCCUUGGGAGUUCUGGAAGUAA